GCCGGGGCCGACCGCGCUGAGGGCUCCGCAGGCCGGGCAUGGCUGCGGAGGAGUCCCGCUGCCUGCUGGGUUACCCCGCCUCCGACUCCUGCCCGAGGUGAGCGCGGGCGCCGCGACCCGCCGCUCUGUCGGGCUCGGGGGCGGCGCUGACUGCCCCGGAGCCCGGCCGCGGCGAGCUCCGGGCCGGGCCCGGCAGAGGCCGCCGGGCCCGGCCCAGCGUUACCGGCCCUGGUGAGGGGCCGGGGCUGGGGCCGGAAGCGGGAGGUGGGGGCGGCGUGAUCCUUGUCGGGCUCUUCUGCUCAGAGUGCAGAACAAGAAGCUGUACCUGGCCGCGUUCGCCGCUGUCCUGGGACCGCUCAGCUUUGGCUUCGUGCUGGGCUAUAGCUCGCCUGUUAUUCCAGAGUUGAGGAAAAUCGACGAUCCUAAAUUGAGAUUGGACGGCAGUCAGGCCUCGUGGUUUGGGUAGUAACAUUAGGAGCUGCUGCUGGAGGAAUACUAGGAGGCUACAUUGUGGAUAAAGUUGGGAGAAAGCUGAGUCUAAUGCUGUGCUCAGUACCAUUUGUUUUUGGAUAUAUAGUUAUUAUAUCUGCUCAGAAUGUUUGGAUGCUUUAUUUUGGACGACUGUCGACAGGCUUAGCCACUGGAAUUACUUCACUUGUUGCUCCAGUGUACAUUUCUGAAGUGUCUCAUCCUAAAGUCCGUGGUAUGCUUGGCUCUUGCGUUCAGUUGAUGGUGGUGACUGGCAUACUGGGAGCCUAUGUUGCAGGAAUAACACUAAAAUGGCGCUGGCUGGCAGUGUUGUGUUCUUUUCCACCCUGCAUAAUGCUAUUGUUCAUGUCCUUCAUGCCUGAAACACCGAGAUUUCUGCUGAAUCAGAGCAAACGCUCAGAAGCCAUAGCUGCUUUGUGCUUCCUGCGGGGACCACACGCGGACCAUGCCUGGGAAUGUGGGCAGAUUGAAGCUAGUGUUCAGGAGGAGGGACUGAACCUCUCUGAAUUUAAGAACCCCUCAAUCUACAGGCCGCUUCUUAUUGGUGUGGCUCUGAUGUUCUUCCAGCAAGCAACAGGCAUUAAUGCAGUUAUGUUUUAUGCAGAAACCAUCUUUGAAGAUGCAAACUUCAAGGAUAGCAGAAUGGCUUCUGUUGUUGUGGGUUCCAUACAAGUGUGUUUCACUGCUCUGGCUGCAAUUAUCAUAGAUAAAACUGGACGAAAAGUGCUGCUUUACGUAUCUGGGGUAAUCAUGGCUCUCAGUACGGCGUUGUUUGGGCUUUACUUUAAAAUCAUCCUUCCAGAUGGAAACAACUCAUCGAAUCCUGAUGUAUGGUUCACUCUAAACUCGGCAUCCCCAGGAGCAGAAAGCAGCAUAUCCUGGCUUGCAGUAGUGAGCCUAGGGCUCUUUGUUGCUGGUUUUGCCCUUGGCUGGGGUCCUGUUCCAUGGCUGGUGAUAUCUGAAAUCUUCCCACUUAAAGCGAAAGGCAUAUCGAGUGGUGCUUGUGUGUUAACAAACUGGAUUAUGGCCUUCUUGAUAACCAAAGAAUUUAAUGAUUUUAUAGGUUUCUUAACGUCCUAUGGCACGUUCUGGCUCUUCUCUGCCUUCUGCUGCCUCAGUGUAAUUUUUACAGCCUUUUAUGUUCCUGAAACAAAAGGACAGACCCUGGAACAAAUUGAGACCUACUUCAGAAGACCUUAAGCCCAAGGCUUUUUAUAUUGGUAUGAAACCUUCGUCUCAUGAAUUAUGGUGCUAUGGUUGAAAGUAACUAACUGUAUCACAUGGCAGACAUCUGAGUUACUAAACUUGCUAUCAAAUGAUUUUAAUGAAUUUUGUAAAAUAUGAAUUCCAUUUUUUAAAAAAAUACCCAUGGGGAUGUGCAUACACUUCUGCAUACUCCCGGCAGUAAAUCGCCCUCGUGCGGGUCUUGGACAUAUUCUUUUUCUUAGAUUCCUGGGUUCUUUUCACCUGGUGCAGACUGACUAUAAUGGCCAAGUAAGAAUGUUAAAUAUAUUGGCCAGUGUAAAUUAAGGUCUAAUUUUGUAAAUAAAUAAAUAAAUUAAAUUUCCUUGCUGCACUUUACCUGUUCCUUAUGGCACAUGCUACAGUGAAGCAAUGAUGUAGCCUGGCUGAUGUUUAUUUCACAGGGCAGUACUUUACCUUUGUGUUGCUGCUACGCUUUCCAGGAUGCCUGACCAUGGAAUAAGUCUUGGUCCCGACUGCAGACGACGGCUGGGCUUUUAUGGGCGUUAGGAUUAAGUUGGCGUUAUUUUUCCUAUUGCUGUCAAGUUGGCUAGGAAUGCUUUUAAAUCAAGAAGGGCUGGAACUCUGGGGAGAAUGUAUUUUAGAAUUCAGAAACGAGCAUGGCUUUUUUGCUUUUUUGAAAAGCAAUUACAAGGCCUUGGUGAUAGAGAGCAUAUACUCUUAGUCAGAAAAGGAAAAAAAACUGUCAUCUUGUGUAGUGUUAAGUUACGGGGCAAAGAUCUCCAACUGGAGCAGGUCUCUGAAAGUCUAGAAGGCGCCUGGAAACACAACCCAGUGCUGGAUUAUAGUUCUUGUCAAAGACGGGUAACGCUUAAGACACAAACACCAAUCUCACAGGUCAUGAUAUAGCACUUGAACGAAUGACAUCUCUGAAACAAAAUUUCUAGAGAACUCAAAUGGAAACAGUAAUCCAGAGCUGUCUGCAAUAAUGUACUGGCUCCUGUCUUUUUAAUUUCUUGUCCGAUGAACCAAAUUUGGAAAAGCCAUUAGUUUUGCAUGUGCAAAAGAAAGAAGUGAGGUCCAAUCUAUGGUUUAUUACAUACGAAGGAAUAAAUCAUCUGUUACUCCUUCCCAAAGGUGAUAAAUGGCACUUAAAACAGUUCCAGCUGUGAUAGGACUGUUUCUGUUUGGAUGUCGCAUCUAAAACACAAACCAUACACACUAUCACAUGACAUUAAAAACAACGGUAAUACACUGGCAUUUAAGACGAGUGGUAGAUAAAGAAUUUUUGAUCACAAAUGUAGCAACAGUCUUAACAAUACGCAACUAUUAAAUUACAAAGCAGUCUGCUAACAUUCAAAGACUUAGUUAAAAUUGACAUUCCGGGUUGAUAACACUUUUUGCAUAAACCUUUAGAGACGCAACAUUUUUCCAUUCAACCAGAUAAAUACCUAAUAGAGCUAUAAAUAAAUAUGCAGAAAAUACUCUCUUAAAUUUUAUCUUCAAGUCGUGUGCUA